GGGCGGGCCUACGGCCGCUUCCGGCCACAGGAAGCCUUGUUCCGUACGACAAUAUGGCGGCGCUUAGUUGCAUGCAGGCGGAAACUCUGUUGCUUCCGGUCCGUAGUGGGGCCUGCGGUGGGAGUGGGAAGGAAGGCGGAGGGAACCAUGCGAGGUUCUGAGAUCUGCGGCGAGGGUCGCCUCGAGAGACGGUUUCUGAGCAGGAAUUCUGAAAUCCCCACCACUUCCUCCUUCCGGGGGAUUUGAUUCCCCCAUGGCCACCGCUAACAGCAUCAUUGUGCUGGAUGAUGAUGACGAAGAUGAAGCAGCUGCUCAGCCAGGGCCCUCCCACCCACUCCCCAGUACAGCCUCACCAGGGGCAGAAGCCCCUAGCUCUUCUGAGCCUCAUGGGGCCAGAGGAAGCAGUAGUUCGGGCGGCAAGAAGUGCUACAAGCUGGAGAAUGAGAAGCUGUUCCAAGAGUUCCUUGAACUUUGUAAGACGCAGACAGCGGACCACCCUGAGGUGGUCCCAUUCCUCUCUAACCGGCAGCAACGUGCCCACUCUCUGUUUUUGGCCUCGGCGGAGUUCUGCAACAUCCUCUCUCGGGUCCUAUCUCGGGCCCAGAGCCGGCCAUCUAAGCUCUAUGUCUACAUCAAUGAGCUCUGCACUGUUCUCAAGGCCCACUCAGCCAAAAAGAAGCUGAACUUGGCCCCUGCUGCCACCACGUCCAAUGAGCCCUCUGGGAAUAACCCUCCCACACACCUCUCCUUGGACCCCACAAACGCUGAAAACACUGCCUCUCAGGCCCCAAGGACCCGUGGUUCCCGGCGGCAGAUCCAGCGCUUGGAGCAGCUGCUGGCGCUCUAUGUGGCAGAGAUCAGGCGGCUGCAGGAAAAGGAGUUGGAUCUCUCAGAAUUGGAUGACCCAGACUCCACAUACCUGCAGGAGGCACGGUUGAAGCGUAAGCUAAUCCGCCUCUUUGGGCGACUGUGUGAGCUGAAAGACUGCUCUUCACUGACCGGCCGUGUCAUAGAGCAGCGCAUCACCUACCGUGGCACCCGCUACCCAGAGGUUAACAGGCGCAUUGAGCGGCUCAUCAACAAGCCAGGGCCUGAUACCUUCCCUGACUAUGGGGAUGUGCUUCGGGCAGUAGAGAAGGCAGCUGCCCGACACAGCCUUGGCCUCCCCCGACAGCAGCUCCAGCUCAUGGCUCAGGAUGCCUUCCGAGAUGUGGGCAUCAGGUUACAGGAACGACGUCACCUCGAUCUCAUCUACAACUUUGGCUGCCACCUCACAGAUGACUAUAGGCCAGGCAUUGACCCUGCACUAUCAGAUCCUGUGUUGGCCCGGCGCCUUCGGGAAAACCGGAGUUUGGCCAUGAGUCGGCUGGAUGAGGUCAUCUCCAAAUAUGCAAUGUUGCAAGACAAAAGUGAGGAGGGCGAGAGAAAAAAGAGAAGAGCUCGGCUCCAAGGCACCUCUUCCCACUCUGAAGACACCCCCGCCUCCUUGGAUUCUGGUGAGGGCCCUAGUGGAAUGGCAUCCCAGGGGUGCCCUUCUGCCUCCAAAGCUGAGACAGAUGACGAAGAAGAUGAAGAGAGUGAUGAGGAAGAGGAGGAGGAUGAGGAGGAGGAGGAGGAAGAAGAAGAAGAGGAGGAGGCCACAGAUUCUGAAGAGGAGGAGGAUCUGGAACAGAUGCAGGAGGGUCAGGAGGACGAUGAAGAGGAGGAAGAGGAAGAAGCAGCAGGUAAAGAUGGAGACGGGAGCCCCAUGUCCUCACCACAGAUCUCCACUGAAAAGAACCUGGAACCUGGCAAACAGAUCAGCAGGUCUUCAGGGGAGCAGCAAAACAAAGUGUCACCCUUGUUACUGUCAGAAGAACCCCUGGCCCCCUCCAGCAUAGAUGCUGAAAGCAAUGGAGAACAGCCUGAGGAGCUGACCCUGGAGGAAGAAAGCCCUGUGUCUCAGCUCUUUGAGCUAGAGAUUGAAGCUUUGCCCCUGGAUACCCCUUCCUCUGUGGAGAUGGACAUUUCCUCUUCCAGGAAGCAAUCAGAGGAGCCCUUCACCACUGUCUUAGAGAAUGGGGCAGGCAUGGUCUCUUCUACUUCCUUCAAUGGAGGCGUCUCUCCUCACAACUGGGGAGAUUCUGGUCCCCCCUGCAAAAAAUCUCGGAAGGAGAAGAAGCAAACAGGAUCAGGGCCAUUAGGAAACAGCUAUGUGGAAAGGCAAAGGUCAGUGCAUGAGAAGAAUGGGAAAAAGAUAUGUACCCUGCCCAGCCCACCUUCCCCCUUGGCUUCCUUGGCUCCGGUUGCUGAUUCCUCCACGAGGGUGGACUCUCCCAGCCAUGGCCUGGUGACCAGCUCCCUCUGCAUCCCUUCUCCAGCCCAGCUGUCCCAAACCCCCCAAUCACAACCUCCUCGGCCCAGUACUUACAAGACAAGUGUGGCCACACAAUGCGAUCCAGAAGAGAUCAUCGUGCUCUCAGACUCUGAUUAGCUGCCUCCCCUUCUCCCUGCCUCCAGAAUGUUUUGGGAUAGCAUGUGGAGGAAUGUGGGAAGCAGAUGACUGAGGAAGGGAUGGACUAAGCUAAUCCCCUUUUGGUGGUGUUUCUUUAAAAAAAAAAAAAAAAGCUUAAGUUUUACACAGAAACAUUAAUAAUAAAGUUCUUUUCUUACUGUA